AUGGAGAGAAGUUGUUUCCUCUUGUCAAUCACCUUCUUGCUGGUGCUGCAGCUGCAGUACAGUUCUAUAGGCACAGUAGGUGCAACACAAACCAACAUCACCACAGACCAGUCUGCUCUUCUUGCUCUGAAAGCCCAUGUCACUAGUGACCCUCACAACAUCUUGGUCAAUUGGUCAACGACCACCUCCGUUUGCAAUUGGGCUGGCGUUGUUUGUGGUGCUCGUCACCUCAGAGUAGCAUCAUUGAAUCUCUCGUUUAUGGAUCUCACAGGCACCAUUCCACCAUACUUAGGCAACCUCUCAUUUCUUGUUGAGCUGGACUUGAGAAACAACAGUUUUCAUGAUACCCUGCCCCAUGAAUUGUCUUAUUUACGUCGCCUGAAGUUUAUUGGCUUAAGAUUCAAUAAUUUUAUGGGGUCCAUUCCAUGGUGGUUUGGGUCCUUCCCCAAACUUCAAAGAUUGGAUUUGUAUGGCAAUCAGUUUUCAAGUACCAUAACUUCGACUAUCUUCAACUUAUCUACAUUGCAAGACAUAAAUCUAAGCUAUAACAAACUAUCAGGUACUUAUGUGUCAACAAGGUGCGAUAUCCAAAGAAAUAGGGAACUUAACAAUGUUGAAGAAGACAUACCUUAA